CCAUCGUCAGUGUCACAUACAGUCUUAGUCAGAAAGAGUGAGAGAGUUUGUAGAGAGAGAGAGAAAGAAGAAAACGAAAAUGGAGGGAGGAGUGACGGAGACGAGUAGUGCGAAGAUGCAUGGAGGUUACAACAAGCGAUACAAACAUUACAGCCAUACCCUUGGAUGUUCCAUGAACUUCCACAUAUACUUCCCACCUUCCGAUUCCACCGAUUCCCAAAAAUUCCCUCUUCUCUACUGGCUAUCUGGUCUCACUUGCACCGACGAGAAUUUCAUUUUCAAAUCCGGUGCUCAACGCGCCGCUUCCCAACACGGUGUUGCCUUGAUCGUUCCCGACACUUCUCCCAGAGGUUUGAAUGUUGAAGGAGAAGCAGAUUCCUGGGAUUUUGGUGUAGGUGCAGGAUUUUAUCUCAAUGCUACACAAGAGAAAUGGAAGAAUUGGCGAAUGUAUGAUUAUGUUGUCAAGGAACUGCCCGAGCUUCUACGUGAUAACUUUCCACAGCUUGACACAUCAAAAGCUUCCAUAUUUGGCCAUUCUAUGGGUGGGCAUGGUGCACUUACUAUCUACCUGAAAAACCUGGAUAAAUAUAAGUCAGUUUCUGCCUUUGCACCAAUAGCAAAUCCUGCGAAUUGUCCUUGGGGUCAGAAGGCAUUCACUAAUUAUCUAGGUGGCAAUAAGUCUGAUUGGGAGGAUUACGACGCCACUUAUCUGGUCAAAAAGCAUCCCAAUGCAUCUACCACCAUUUUGAUUGAUCAGGGGGAAGAUGACAAAUUUCUGCAUGAUCAACUGUUGCCUCACAAGUUUGAAGAGGCCUGCAAGAAUGGCAACGUUCCACUGUUGUUACGUCUUCAACCUGGUUAUGACCACUCCUACUAUUUCAUUGCCACCUUCAUUGAUGACCACAUUCGGCAUCAUGCUCAAGCUCUUAAAGCUUAAAGCUUAAUAAAGUUGUGUGCACUCUAAUGAUCUACAACUGUUCUGUUUUAUUUUACUCAAUCUACUCACUCUUUUUAUUUGGGAAUUGUGAUACUUUGCUUUGUGUUUGACUAUGGAUAUCAAUUGGAACUUCUUUCAUGUCUA